AUUGAUGACAGUAUCACAGACGGAGAGUGAAUCUAGUCAACUGAGAAAGAAGAAGAAAAAUGUCGACCUUUGGAUGACACGUCCGUGCAGAAUAUGCUCGUCCAUCUCAAAUACCUCAGUGAUGUCAGGACCAACCGGGACUUCAGACUGGUUUUCCUGUUCCAGGAGGAAGCUGAAAACUUCAUCAAACUCUUCAUCCAGAGCAAGCCCAGAAUGUUGCAGUUUCUGACUGAGCUGGAGGGGAGUGCCGUCCAGCUAGACAACAUGAAGCGUGGGGCCCAGAUCUCCACAGUGGCAGGUAGCUCCGUGGGGGCGGUUGGAGGGGUCCUGUCCAUCGUGGGUUUGGCUCUGGCCCCCGUCACAGCAGGGGUCUCCCUGGCUCUCACCAUGGCUGGUGUGGGCAUGGGGGUCACCAGUGGGGUCUACAGCGUGGGCACCACAGUCACAGAGAUGGGCGUCAACCGCACUCAAAAGAUAAAAGCCAACAAGUUUUUCCAGAGUUUUAUGAAGGAGAUGCAGACCAUCCAGGGGUGCCUGGAAGAUGUGGCCACAAAGAUGCUUCCCGUGGUGAGUAAGGAGGAUGUGACCGUGGGAGCAGGGAAGAUCUUGGGGAAAGGUGGUGCCAUCGGGAAAGGAAUCGACUCCCUGAUUGAUUGUGCCUCGGGUGUGAAACUUCUGAGGAGUGAGAAUGCGAUUGCUGACCUGGGACAGGCCGCAAAAGGGACGCCCCUCGCCCUCUCCAAGGCAGCCCGGGGGGGGUUCAUCGCUCUCAACGCCCUGUUCAUUGGCCUGGACGUGUUCCUCAUCUGCAAGGACAGCGUCGGCCUGGCCAAGGGCAGCAAGAGUGAGGUUUCCCAGCUCAUCCGGGCACGAGCACGGCUCUGGAGCUCUGAACUGGAGUCAUGGCAGAAGAUCCACGACUCUCUGAAGAGAGGUCUGCUCACGUCCAAGGACACCCAGAACCUGCUGGAGAUGCCCUUUUACCCCCUGGAGGAGAUGACCAAAGGGAAGAAGACGUUCCCUCUCCCUCUCUUCCUCCUCUUGCUCCAACUCCUCCUCUUCCUCCUUCUCCCCUUGUUCCCCUUCCAACUCCUCCUCUUCCUCCUCCUCCCAUUGUUCCUCCUCUUACUCCUAUUGUUACCCUUCCAACUCUGCCUCCUCCUCUGGCUCUCCCUCCACCUCCCCUUACUCUGUCUGCAUUGUUUGCUUCCAAUUGUUCAAGACUUUUACUUGACCUUUUACCUAUUUAUAGGCCUAUACUAAAACCAUGAUUGGUUGGUGUUGAGUAAAGCAAUGAGUGAUGUGAGGAGGUAGUGUGAGGCAUUGAUGAAUUAGUGUGCCAUUUUGAUUGGUCGUGUUUGAAAAAGGAAAUCAAUAUACUUCCUGUUAGUUUUUUGUGUGUUACAUAGAGAAUUGUGUGUUGUGUUUUGCAAAAAGUGUUUUAUGUAACUGAAAACUGAGUCAAAGGCCGUGAAUUAGCAUGGUUUUGUAGAUUUGGUGUGUGGUUCUGGUGUUUUUUCAUGACGCAGUCAUUUACCCAUGCUAUGACAGGCCUCUUCUUGAUGAAAGGAUCUCCCUGCACGUGAGGACAAGUGAGGAAAUGUAGACGUAGAAAAAGACAGGCUCACUGAAUAUGUUGUUUGGAAUCGAAAGGGGAUUUCUUGUUUCUGUGAGUCAUUUCUUGGACUGACACUCAGAGUACCUUCAGUCAGGUAAAGGUGCUCUCAGAGUACGUGUGUACUGUAUGACAAGCUUCAUUAUGAUGAAGGAAUAAAGAUGCUGCUGAUGAUCCUG